AUGGCAAGACAAUGGAUUCUAAAUAGCCAACAUGGCUUCGAAACCUCGCUUGAGUAUCAAGAAAAUGUCCCCGUGCCAUUAGCAGACCAACUAGGCCCUACAGACGUUCUAGUUAAAAUGCAUGCUGCCAGUCUGAAUUAUCGCGAAUUGGUGAUUGCUGGUCCAAUUGGUGUCAAUGGACCGAUAACUCCCCCAAUCGUUCCCGGCUGCGACGGCGCCGGCAUCGUCGAAGCAGUCGGGUCCUUCGUCCACGAAUUUCGUCCCGGCGAUCGCGUCGUGACCAAUUCCGGGCCCAAGAUAGCCGAGUCUCGUGGUGAUGACGCAUUUGCAACUGUCGCAGAUGUUACCUCCAUGAUGGGACAAGGCGUUCACGGAACUUUGAGGUCUAUGGGGGUCUUCGCCGAAAAAGCGCUGGUACAUGCUCCCAAAUCUCUGGACUGGUUGCCUGCGGCAACUUUGACUUGUAACUGGCCAACGGCAUAUAAUGCACUAUUUGGGUUGAAAGGUAGGGAAGCUGGGCCGGGAACGUGGGUACUUGUUCAGGGUACUGGCGGCGUAAGUAUCGCGACGUUGCAGGUCGCUGUAGCUGCUGGUGCGAAUGUUGUUGCGACUACCUCUUCAGAAGAGAAAGCUGCUCGUCUUGGAGGACUGGGUGCAGCUCAUACUAUCAACUACCGCACCAAUCCUGACGACUGGGGCGUUCAAGCUAGACGUCUCACACCCGAGGGACGUGGAUUUGACAUCGUUAUCGAUAUUGGUGGCAAUGAGACUUUACCUCAAUCUUUGACGGCUGUUCGCGUAGACGGUCAGGUCUUGAUGUUGGGCCAGGUCGGUAAAACCGCUGAGAAUGUGCCCAUGUUCAUGGCUUUGUUGCAUACUUGUAUAGUUCGAAGCUUUCUUGGCGGCAGCAGGACUCAGCUCAAAGAGGUGAUACGGUUCAUAGACGAGAAGAAGAUUUCGCCUGCCGUGGACGAUGUGGUCUUUGAGUUGGCGGAGGCAAAGGAUGCAUAUAGGAGGCUCAAGGAGAAACAGCACUUUGCCAAGGUGCUGAUCAGAAUUGAUCACGAUUAA